AUGCCGUCGAAGAAGAUCCUCAUCAUCCUCAGCGAUGCCAACUCCUUCCCCCUCAAGAAGUCCACGGGUGAAGGCACCACCAAGACGGUGGACCAGCCCUCUGGCUUCUUCCUAAUGGAACUCGCCAAACCGCUCCAGAAACUCCUCGAUGCCGGACACCAAAUCACAUUCGCCUCACCCAAUGGCGAGGAGCCAAUUCCAGACCCCAACAGCGAAUCCCUUCUUGCCUUCGCCGGGAACUUCUACGAGCGCCGCCGCGAGAACGAGCUGCUCGAGAAGAUGAAGCGCGAGAACGGCUUCACGCGGCCACGCACGCUGAGCAGUAUCACCGAAGCCGAACUAGCCUCGUUCGCAGGCGUAUUUAUCCCGGGUGGCCACGCACCGCUGGCAGAUCUAGGCGACAACAAGGAUCUAGGCCGGAUACUGCAGUUCUUCCACAAGGAGAACAAGCCGACGGCCGCGAUCUGCCACGGGCCGUAUGCAUUGCUCAGCACAAAGCAGUAUGGCGAUGGAACGUUCGCGUACAAGGGGUACAAGAUCACCUCGUGGAGCGAUGCGGAGGAGAAGGCGAUGGAGACUUUGCUUGGUGGAGAGGUUGAGAAGGUGGAAUCAGCGCUGCGGAAUGAGGGCGCUGAUAUGGUUACUGGCGGUGGUGAGAAGAUCGGACAGACCACGCUCGACCAUGAGCUGCUUACCGGAGGGAAUCCCCUGGCUGCUGAUGAGCUGGGGAGCCGGUUUGUGCGGAUGAUCAGUGUAUAA